CAAAACAUAAACAAACAACAACAGCCCAAUCCAAGGAGGGAUGUGCGUACAGUGAUGCUCCACAUCCGAAUCCGGUUUUUAUAGAAUUCGGACCCAUUUCAAGUGGUUCUAGCCGAUUUACAUACCCGUCGUCCCGUGGCAACUCAUUUGCCAAGCCGUAGGAGUUCCAAACGACCCAAUGUUCAAGGCCAGUGCUUCACCGAAGAAAGACACUCGUUCGCCGUGCCGUGAUCCGUUGUUGUGGAAGUAAGCCGUAAAUAAUCUUGCUCGCUUAUCAGCCCAACCAGCGUGGCGUUUGAUUUCGAGCAACAACAAAAAAAAGAGUAGAAAGAAAGGCGUCUAUAAUAUAGAAGCCUUUGUCUAGGAACCAUUCCCAAACCAGCGGGAGAGCCCUCUGUUACGUAAUACACUCCGAAGACACACGAUCGUGCUUGAUCCGAGGGAAUCGAUCACGAUGGAUUCGAUUGCGGUUGCGCUGCAACCGUACAAGGAUACGGUCGGUUUGACGGCGGCCAUCGUGACGGUGGUACAGUUCUUCAGUGGAGUGUUGGCCUUGAACGAAAUUCGUCGCCAGGGCAACACGAAGGGCUUUUCCGUGCUGCCCUUUCUGGGCUGCACCGUCUUCUGUCUGCUCAACGUACAGUUUGGCCAGAUGCUGCGGGACGACGGUAUGAUUCGGGUAAACUUCAUCGGGCUGGCGUUGAACUUGCUGUACGUGUGCGGAUUCUACUUGUACACCGAUGGCCCCCAGAAGACGGCCGUUUGGGGCCAGAUAGGGUUGGCCGGUGCGUUCACCGUCGGUGUGCUGUCGUACGUACAGUAUGAAGAUCCGAAGCUGGUCGAGUUCCGGUUCGGUGUUAUUUUGACCGGAUUGUUGUGGAGUUUGGUCGGUAUGCCGCUGCUUGGAUUGGGUGACAUUCUGAAGAAGAAAAGCACCGAAGGGCUUCCAUUCCCGAUCAUCCUGCUCGGUGCGAUCGUUUCCUUCUGCUGGCUGCUGUACGGUAUCAUUCUUCGCAGCAACUUCCUAGUGGUACAGAAUCUGAUGGCACUUGCACUGAGUGCGGUCCAGCUGUCGCUGUUUAUUAUCUUCCCUUCGGGUGCGGCCAAACCACCGCCAAGUCCGGCCAAAAAGCGCAACUAAACGUAAAGAAGACAAUAAUUCCAAAGGCACAAAGACACGAGGGAGCUGUAAGACAAACGUUUGAUGACAAUAACUGUUACAGAAUGAUAAAGCUUCAUCGAAAGUGACAACAAAACGAAGACGAAAUUUUAUGACAAUAAGCAACGUUGUGCAGAAGCACAAACGAUAGAGCUAGCUGUUAGAUUAAAUUAUUCCGUUACUACUCUCUUUUGGACGUUUGAAACGGGAGCAACACUUCCAUGUUAUUGUAUGCUGAAGCUAUUUUGAAUAUCAAAUAAAAAUUUAAAACAUUCACAUUUACAACAACUUUAACAACAAUC